AUGAAUACGACAACUCUUUUCAUUCUGUUCUUCCUGGUUUCUCUUGUUUCUGCGGGUUUGGUUCAGGUUUGUCGUGCACUAAUUUCCAUUCUGAAAUUGCUGUUUUUCAGAAUCUUCGAGUGAAAAGACAGUGGGGUGGAUGGGAAGGACCUGGCGGCGGCUGGCAGCAGAACAACUUCAACAACUUCCGAAACAAGAACAACAUUGCUGCACAGCAGAAUCAGUACAAUGUAAGUUGCUUUCAUCUUGCGCGAGAGCACAUUUUGAAUCUGUCCAACACAUUCUCCUCUAGUGCCAAACAUCGGGAAUCAACUUGAUCGGUCUGCCGAUCAGCAGCUACAACUGCCAGAAUUCUGGAAUGUCGGCACAAGUUAAGACUCUUCAGAGCGGACAACAGAGCCAGGGAGUGAUGCAGGGACCGCUCGGAGGCAUUCUGAACAACUUUAUGGGAUAA